AUGUCGGACUCUGUGGUGGCCCAGCCGAGAAAGCCGGUGAGCAGAGGCAGCAGAAGAGGCCGGAAACCCACCUCAUGCACGCAGUGUCAUCUGAGGAAGCAGAAAUGUGAUCGAAAUCAGCCAUGCAAUCGAUGCCUGCAGCGGGGAGUUGCUCACUUGUGCGGUGAUACCACGACAAAUGGAAUAUCUAAGGCUUCUGAGCCUCCGCAGGUGGUUGCCAUCACACAGCCAUAUUCUCCAAGGCCGAGAAGGGUGAUACAGGCACCAAUGAGUCCUCGUUUGGGGUCAUUAUUCGCCAACAGAGGUGCAAGGGCCUUUUACGGCUCUUCCUACUUUGGCCACCAGGUUGCGGCUAGAAUAUUGAGCGAGGAGGGCCAGGAUCUCCCCUCAGGAAUUUCACGGGGUCGGGAUACGCUACAAUCUUUUCGAGACGAAUCCAGCUCCUUUGCCCAGGUUUGGGACCUACUUGGUCUGUUACCUCGUCAGAAGUCGACAGUUGAUCGUCUGGUGAACAUAUUUCUGACUGAGGUGAACUGGUCUUUGGAUGCGGUUCACGAGGCGACUUUUAGGAGCAGUUACGACGAGUUUUGGGGGAGACGGUUUGGAUUUGAUGAUUUGGCCAAUGUUGAUCUUCGCUGGCUGGGACUUUUGUUCAUAAUACUGGCAUUUGGAGUAUUACUCGAUACCCCGCCGCGUCUGACGCUGGAUGUGCAACGAGAGCGUGAAGAGGCAUCUUUACGGUUCUAUUGGGCAGCCAGGAGAGCGAUUGUUAUUGCCCCAUCGUUUUACGGAGAAAGCACAGAUAUUGUGCGGGCAGGGCUUCUCGUGACUCGAUAUCUCCUUCACACACGACGGGUUUCAGAAUCAUGGCUGACCAUCGGCUUUGCAUCAAGAAUGGGACAAGCCCAAGGAAUGCACGUUGACGGUGAAAGAUGGCGAAUGUCGAGGAAAGGCACAGAGCAGCGGCGACGACUUUGGAGCCAUAUAUACGCCAUAGACCGCAUGAUAUCUCUCGCAUUAGGCCGGCCCUAUGCUAUCAACGACCAAUUCUGUCUUACCCAUGAGGCUGAGAACGUGUGGCUGGAUGACUUGGAUGACGAAGAAGCUGCCCGGGUAGUUCCACAGCCGCUUAACCUCCCAACGCCGAGCGUCUUGUCAUUCCUACUCUAUCGACUUGCAAAAGUCAUUGGCAAGAUUCAAGAGAAAUGCUUUGGACUAGAAAGAGCUAGUUAUGAAGCUGUGCUUCAGCUUGAUGCCGACUUGGUCAUGUGGAGUGAGCAGCUACCCCCAUAUUUCAGCCUGGACAACCCAGACACGGCAGGAGACGAGGCUCUUCCAUUUCUCCCAUGGCACAGGCUAUAUCUACACACAUCAUUUCACUUUGCAAGAAUCAUCCUCCAUCGGCCAUUCUUGCUUCGGGAAUCUAUCACAGAUCGAUUUCGGUCUAGUCAUGAGGCGUGCAUGUCAUCAGCGUUGGCAGAUUUGAAAAUAAGGCUUCGCACAAUGAAUAGCACGACAGCAGAUAACCUGCGGUGGGCUUUUGGAGCCCACAACCUGUUCAACAGCGCAAUGAUCUUAGGAAUCAUUGCGGUUAAAAACCCCCAUUCGUCGCAGGCUGUUGCCAUCUUAGAAGACCUGGAAGCAUAUUGCGAAAACCUGCAUCGAGACCCCUGGCUAAACGAGUUUGGAAUGGCGGAGCUAAAGGUAAUUGAGCUUUGUAUUGCCAAGGCCAGGGAUUCGAGAUGUACUUCGAUGAAUGUUUAUCCAUCCGGUUCUCCAACUGAGCCUCCCAGCACUAGAACCAACACUAUAGAUGGUUCUACACGAAUACGGCCCCCAGACUUGGAAUCUCCAGCCAUGUCCUCAGAUAUGAGUUCUAUAUACUGGCCAACUGUUUGGGAGGACGGCCAGUUUUCGUUUCCUGGUGCAGCAGACUUUAGCACAUGGGAGCAGAUGAUCUCAGAUAUUGCAGAAGAUAGCUAUAUUGGGCCAUAG